AUGCUUUAUAUAGUUAUCGCUACUGCAAUUAUCGUUAUUGGAUUCUGUAUUUACAAACGUAAAUCUAAUAAAGUCACAUUUCCUCUUGACUGCUUUUUAAAUGAGCAGUCUACAGCUCUCGAUUACGAAGGAAACACUCGCACAUCCGUUACUUAUACUACCAUUCCAGAAGUAUGUGCCAAUUUGUCUACUGUUUGUGAAGUGUUUCUAUCUGGGUUGAAUUUUUCAAGAAAUUCAGCUUGUUUGGGUUGGCGCGAAUACUGUGAGCAGGAUUACAAGUGGAUUACAUAUAAACAAGUGAAUGAUAAAAUCGGUGUUAUACGAUCCGCUCUACAUGCUUUAAAAACCAGAGGUUCAUAUGAAAACCUCUUUGUUGGUAUUUCAUCAAAAAAUUCACCACAGUGGAUAAUGGUCGAAUUGGCUUGUACAUUCUCUGGUUAUACUAUUGUACCAUUGUAUGAUACUUUAGGCGAGGAAGCUAUUUUAACUAUACUUAAACAAACUAAGCUCCCAAUAAUGUUUUGUGACUCAGUUGAAGUAGCACAACGUAUUACUACGUUCGCACCUGACACUUUACAACACAUUAUCUUAUUUCCUAACUCGUCUACAAAUGCAAAGUCUGCUUCUGUUUCAUCAGUUAACAGUUUGGUAAAAAUUUACGACUAUGAAGAAUUCCUAGAGUUCAGUACUGGAGAACUCAUUUGCACUGAAACUCCAAAACCCGAGAGUUUAUUUAUGGUUUGCUAUACAAGUGGAAGUACAGGCAUUCCCAAAGGGGUGAAAAUCACACAUCAAUGUGUUGUAAAGACCAUUCAAAGUUUAUUUCAACGACUUGAAGGAGAUAUCUUUAAUAAUACUGCUUCACAUCUAUCUUAUUUACCUUUGGCUCAUAUAAUGGAACAAAUGAUUUCUCUGUCUACUCUCUUGGUUGGCGCGAGAAUCGGUUUUCUAACCAAGAAUAUUCAAGGAUUACUAGCCGAUUUACAAGCUGUCAAACCACAUUUCUUUUUUACUGUUCCUCGUGUUUUAUCUCGAUUGUAUUCCGUUGCAAUGGAAAAGGUUUCAUCUGUUCCUUUACUACCUAGCAUAUUCCAUUAUGCAGUUGAAUCUAAAGUUGCAGAACAAGAAAAAAAUAUAUACGAUAAUUCAAGUAUUUGGGACUUUAUAUUCUUCAAUAAAAUUAGACGAACUUUGGGUGGUCGUGUCAAAGUAAUAGUCUCUGGUAGUGCACCCGUUGCAAGUGAAAUUUUACGUUUUACACGGGGAGUUUUUGGCUGUCCAGUAAUAGUCGGUUAUGGUUUAAGUGAAUCAUGUGGAGUUAUUACGCUUACACUGUUUGGUGAUAAAACCCUGGAUCAUGUUGGUGCGCUUAUCCCAGGAGUUUCAGCCAAACUGGUUGAUGUACCGCAUAUGGGUAUCAGCGUUGACAAGAUGAAAAUGGGUGAAGUAUGUGUUAAAGGCCUAAAUUGUACUCAAGGGUAUUACAGGGAUGAAGAAAGCACAAAACAACUCAUUGACAAAGAUGGAUGGUUGCAUACUGGUGACAUUGGCAGUUGGACAAAAGAAGGUUCUUUAAAAAUUGUCGACAGGUGUAAAAACAUAUUUAAACUCUCACAAGGCGAGUAUAUUGCACCAGAAAGAUUGGAAAAUAUCUACCAACUCAGUCCACUAGUUGAGCAAAUCUUUGUUGAUGGCAAUUCACUCAACGAUUUUCCAGUAGCUGUAGUUGUACCAAAUAUCAAAGAGUUGACUAAGCGCAUAGUGGCUAAGGCGAAUUUAAAUGACCCAUUGUUAUUGAACGGUAAUAAAGAAGAGACUGAGGUGUCUAAAUACAAUUUCAAUGAUUCUAUUCCAAUAGUAGAUACGUCAACACUAUGUUCACAGCCUGCAGCACGUAAAAUUGUUGUUUCAGAAUUAGAAAAUUUAGGAAGGAAAAGAGGAUUAAAAGGAUUUGAGAUAAUUAAACGUGUUCACCUUUCUUCGUUUCCAUUCACUGUUGAAAAUGGUUUGCUCACCUCCAAUUUGAAAUUAGUGAGAUCUCGACUACGGGAAACUUUUUCAGAUAAAUUACAUUUAUUGUACGAAGAAGCGUGCUCAUAA